AGGAGUAGAUUCACGAGGAGAAAAACCGGCCCGGUGCGAGGGCGAACAGCGCGAAAAGGCGGAAAAAGAUCAUCGGAGAGCCUCGGAAAACUCACUGUCACUCUCGUUCGAGACCACCGACAGCCCCGGUGCGCGUUUUCGCCGGCACUCGCGACACGGCACUCGCAGAAAGGAUUCGAUUCGCGCUCGAUCGCGAGGCACGCGGUGGCCGGAACUUGGUGCACGAUCUCGGUACGAUCGGUAGUGUCGACUCGGCGCGAACGGCAAACCGCGACGGAUCCGGAAACGGACGGUGGAGAAUCGAUCCGUGCCACGCGUCGAUCGCGAUUCGCCCGCGAAUCCGCCGGAGAGAAAAGCACGCGCGCGAGACGGGACUCGAUCGAUCGUGAGAGUGAUCGCGAUGCGCGAGAUCGGUGCACGGUGAGACGCGGAAAUCGAAGCCGAGGGGAGGAGUGGGUGACGCGUGAAAAGAGGAGGCGGCGCGAGACACGGCGUCGGAUGAACUGGAAGAACAGGCUGCGCCGAGUAAAAGAGGAUGCCGAUGACGACGACGGGGACGGCGAAGAGAACGACGACGACGAGGAGGAUGAUGAUUAUUACGACGGUUACGACGGAGUCUUGAACAGUGGGCUUGCGGAAUUUCGGCUACUGUUUCUGCGAAGAAACUCUGCCGGGUACGCUUUAGACGCAAAAACUACUAACAAAAAAAAAAAAAAAAAGAAUCGAAAGACGGUGGGCAGCAGACGGGGAGAUUUUCGCCAGGUCGAAAAUCUCACGUCACACCCCUCCGCCGUUUUUCAUUUCUCUCCGAAAAUUCGCUUUGAAUCCUACUGCUGUCGCUAUCGGGCUAUCGUUGCUGUUGCUGCCGCUGAUACUGCUGAUGUUCUGCCGCCCUGGCUUCCUCGACGAACAUGCCGAGAGUGUCGACGUAGCUACCUCGAAAACCGACGAGGUAUCGAGGAUCGACCGUAGACAAUCCGUGGCAGGGUCGUGCGGAACGAUCGAUCGAAUAGGUGCCAGAGGGUGAACGGGGACGGGGGACAAAGGUGGUGGUGUACGGGGAAAUAGCAGGAGGGUUGGUGUGAGGUUUUGGGAUGCGGAGGUGGAGGAGGAGGAGGAAGAGGGCUGGGUGGUGAUGGUGGUGGUGAUUAGUUGCAGUGUUUUGGAAAACAAUGCGCAGAAUUUCGACGACGAUAAAUAAUAAAGGACAAAUAAAGUGUAUCGGGGAACGGUGAGAAGAGAACGUGUGUAAAUAAAUAAUCUGACGAUUGUAUUGUGCGUUGUGUGCUGAGAAUAAAAGCGAGACGAGAGUUUGGAGAAAAAAUAUCACGCGCGUCCCGGAAAUAUUAUUUCUUCUUCUUUGUCAAUCCGAGCUGUUCAUAGAGAGAAAUUGCGACAGUCCGGCGAGAAACGUCCAGUAUUGGUUUCAACACGAAUUAUUGGCUUGACUCAAUAAAUUGCUCCGUACGUCGAUCCCGUUCUCUCUCUCUCUCUCUCUCUCUCUCUCUUUCUCAGAUAUUAUAACAUAGACAUCUCGUCUACGUAUGUAUGUAAUUGUAACUACUGCACAUUGUAGUGACGAAUAUUAAAAUCGUUGUACCGAAAAUCCCUUGUAAUGGCUAACAUAAUGCUCACCGGCAGUUUUCCCACACAGAAUCCAGGAGAAAAACUCUUACGCUUCCUUUCCCGCUGAAAAGUAUAAAUAAACGAGUUUCGUCCCACAAUAGUCUCGACGCGAAUCAGCGGCAUGAGAACGAUGAUGUUACAAUUACAAUAGCGCGUUUCCAGGAGAUACAUUCACCGACCCUUCCAUCGCCCUUUGAUUCGAUCUUUAAACACAGCCCUUAAAACAGGUUCAACCCAUCUCGAGAUACGCGUCUGUCGGGAGGGAAGACGAAAUACAACGCUUCGCACGGGAACGGAAGAGAGAAAGAGAGCCGCGAAAAAAGUGAAAGAAAUCUGGACACCGUGAUGUGCUCGCCGCCCCUUCUCUACCCCUCCCCUUCCCUUCCCUCAUCUUUCCCACUCGUAGCACGUUCGCGAGGACCCCGUGCGAGAUGGGCCAUCCCUCUCCCGUACGAAAAGGGCCCUUUUGCCCCCCUUUUUUAAGGCGGCCAGCUGCGGGGUCAGUUUUCGACGGGCGCGCGGCGCAUUAAGAUGCUACGCACAAAAUUUGUCAUCAUCGGCCGGUCAUCGUCGCGGAUUCCACGAAAUUAGAAGUUUUCGGCGAGUUCAACCCCCGCGCGUACUCGAUGGCGAGAUACGGACGCCGCGGGAAAGAAGGACGAACCGCGGCAAAAGGGGGAAAAAGAGAGAGGAGGCAGGCAACCUCGCAACGUGCGGGCGCGAGCACCGGCUGGAUCGCUUCUGCAGUGAUGAACGCGUGAUGGAUAUUAAAUGGACGCACGGUACGCAUCGACAGAUUAAUUCCAUUUACGAGGUGCUGCUGCUUUUGUCCGGGGAGAUUUUAACAAAUAUAUGAGUUAUAUGCGCGACGUGUGCGCCCGACUAAAAAUAUACUCGCGAAUCGCUUUUCGGCGCUUUGUCGUUGCAUGGAAUUGCUCGCGAGCGAAUAUCGGAUCGAUUGCUAUACAGACUGCUGACGAUUGUUACGGUGCAACAUGCGACUUCGCCACGUUCGCAAAAGUAAAAAAAAAAAAGAUCCGCGAGCGAGAGGUCGGAUUCUCACUCACUUCUCCUCGAAUUUCAUUUUUUGACCAUUUUAUCACUGUUAUUUUAUUAAUUUCAUUAAAUUUUAUUAAUCCGCUCGCAAAGUAAAAAAAAAGGGGCAUUCUCGUGUAACGUGAGGAGUGGCUCGGGACAAAAUGUUCCCUCUCGUAAUUACGAGUGAAACUGUAGAACGUUCAUCGGUGUGACGUUAACGCGCUCGCGAAAUUCCCAAUAAUGAUAAGUUUUAAUUUUCCCAUUUAAACAACAAGGAUCUGAUGUACCCGUUGAUCACGUUAAAAUAUCUCUCUUUCGUUGGCAAGGGUUGAAAUAUCGGUUUCUCUCUUUCUCGCUCGCGCAUUCCAAUCGAAAUGAUGGCCGAACGAAUAACAUACAUACACACAUACACACACGCGCGCGCGCGCGCAUGCACGAUGUCAAUCCUACGAAUACGGUCGCGCGCGUUUAGCAGUAGCCCUUUACACAAGUGCGAUGUAUCCUGAUGCUCGUGAUUUCAUGCUAUCGGAGCGAAUACUUUUCGGACUCUCUUUCGCUCCAUCCACGAUCUCGCUCUCACCUAUUCGUUACCUCUCACGCCGCGCUCUCGAAUAAUUAAUCGCAAAUAGUCUGUGCCCGAUGGAAAGUGGACGCGAAGGAAGGACGUGGGAGGGAGGGGUGGGUUUGUCGUGCCGCCCUUCGAUCCUUUCGAGCCGCCGUGGCACGGCCUGACGUUUAAUUUCGCUAAUUUCUUUUCUCCCGUUCGAAUUACUCGCGGUACGACGCUUCGUCCCCGACGUAAGGGUCGGCUCCUGCUAUCCCGAGUCACCCUUACAUUUUCUUUCUUCUCGAAAGCGCGAGGAGGAUCCUCGGCACGAGGGUGCGAGGAGGGUGGAGAAUGGGACCAGCCUGCCAUGAGAAUGAGGGCCGGAAAAAUAAUUACUCCCUGCACACCGCGAGAAGAAUACUCGGAGCCUGCUCCGAGAUGAUGAGCGCGGAGGCAGAAAAAAAAGGCCGAGUGAUUCUCUUAGGCUCGUUUCCCUUCCUCGCUUCUGUCGCUCCUCGUUUACCACCGCGAUCUUAGCAACGAUAUUUUUUUAGCGCUUCUCGUUCCGAACACACGCUGGGAGCAAUACGGAGAGUCUGUACUUUUAAUAAUAUCAAUCUUGAUAUGGAAGAAGAGACAUUGUGACGACCCAUUACUUUGCAAUUUUUAUUUCUCUCAGUUAAAUAUAAAAGUUUUGUGAAUAAUUCGCGCGUUGCAAUUGGUGUAUUAUAACAGUACAGACAAAGUUUUUAAGUAUGCCGCAUAAAGUGAUUUUCAUCGCGCUACGAAAUAUGACGCGCGAAAAGGAUUAUAAUAAUUCAUAGUGUCCCCGAUGAUGGACACAGCUAUUUUCAGCAAUUAAAAGGAUGAAUUAAUGUUAUUUCACCGGGGAAAAUAUAUACAUGUGAUAAAAAUAGAUUUAUUACUAUGAAAAUGUGCGCUAAUUCGAGUCGCGCUCGGCGUUAAAGUUUAUCCGAUGUUUCGUCUAUUCAUAUACGGAUAACGUGAUUAAAAAAAUAUUUAGACAAUUAAAUGAAUCAAAAUGGAUAAAAUGGAAGAACCGGCUCGACGGUAUAUAAAAUGUUCAUAAAGCCGCAAAAAUUUAAUACUUCAUGAAUUGUUCGAUAAAAUGCAUUGGCAGGCUGUUUGUUUCGUUGCAAAAUGUAAUAGGCAAAUAAAAUCAAUGGAAAAUAUAAUUAUUGAAAAAAGGUUGUUAUGCAACAGAACAUUAAAAAAAAAAA